UUAGUGGUUCUUGGUUCUUCUGUCUCUCAUCCCCUCAGGCAUUUAAUCACUUUGAGCGCAUGGGUGUGGAGGAGCAUGGAAAGGUUCAUAGGAAGAUCAUCAAAAUUGGGCCAUGGGGAGGCCAAGGGGGCUCACCUUGGGAUGAUGGUUCCUUUGAUGGUGUGAGUCAGAUAACGCUUGUGUAUGACCGUUGCAUAGACUCAAUACGUGUGGAGUAUGAUAAGAAUGGGAAAUUGGUGAUGGCAGAGAAGCAUGGUGGUGAUGGAGGAAAUCAUACGGCCCAUAUAAAGCUUCAAUAUCCAGAAGAGUUCAUCACAGAAGUGAGUGGCCACUAUUGUCCGGUGGUGCACGGUGGCACCCCAGUAAUCCGGUCUCUGAAAUUCAUUACCAGCAAGAGGACUUACGGCCCCUACGGAGUGGAAGAGGGCACUCCAUUCUCAUUUCUCAUGGAUGGGGGCCUCAUAGUUGGAUUCAAGGGCAGGAACGGGUGGUAUCUCGAUGCGAUCGAAUUUCGACUCUCACGCCUAUCUUCCUCUUCUAACUUGUUUGAUGCCAUACAACAAAAAAUUAAGAAGAUCUGGGCCUCACACAAAAGGCUCAAAAAGGCAAGUGUUGCAUAGGUUCUUCUUAGGAAUGCUCUAUGUGUGUCUUUUUCAUUUGACAAUAUGCAGAACUGUUAUUGAUAUAUUCAGUGUGUGUCUCCAUCUUGCAAUGUAUCUGAUACUGAGUUGUUUUAGUAAAGUUUAGCAGCAUAUU